AUGGCCACACCGAAGAGAACGCCACUUUUUGCAGGUGGAAGCUCCUCUCCAAUGGCCUUUCCAAGUUCUUCGCCUGCGAAAGGGAGCAGACAACGCGUAAUCAUCGCCUCAGAUGGUCCACCAGAUUCAGAUCAUCUCGACUUCCCUCAGAGCCCUUCUCUUCUUCAAACUCCUACACCAAGGAACCGGAGAGGAGAUAUCCACUCAUCUCUAUCGAUUACCCCCAGCUCAAGUGCACGUCGUGCACGUCGGCCUGUCUCCAAUGUCGAGCGAUCCGACCCUUUCAAUUCUGACGGUACUCAUCUCGACACUCCCCCACCUCUUUCUGUUCCAGAGGCACCAUCCGAAGAACCAGAUGAAAUUCGUGCCAUCUGGGGUACCACCGUCAACCUCGCGGAAACCAUGAAACUCUUCCGCGACUUUCUCAAAGGCUUCAAAACCAAGUAUCGUGUGGCUCACGAUCGCGAUCACGGCCGACCGACGCGUGUUCUUGCCUCACCGGAGGAAGGAGAGGUGUUGUUAUAUGAGACCUAUCUACGUCGAUUGAGGCAGACCGGCGAAAUGAACCUCAAUCUGGAUAUGCAAAACCUCCUGUCGUAUCCUCCUUCAAAGAAGCUUCAUGGUCAAUUGGUCAAAUAUCCACAAGAAGUUAUACCAGCCAUGGACCAAGUCUUGAAAGAUCUUAUGCUAGAGACAGCGGAUAUGGACCAGCAAGCUGGCAUGGAAGGGAUGGAGGGCGCCGAUGGCGAUGACGAGAUUGCGGAUAUAAUGGGCAAGGUAUAUAAAGUGCGCCCUUUUGGCCUGAAGGCAGUCAAUAUGAGGGAUCUAAAUCCUACAGACACGGAUAAGCUCGUCUGCAUCAAAGGUCUAGUUAUUCGUGCAACUCCCGUCAUCCCUGAUAUGAAAGUCGCGUUCUUCCGCUGCUUGACAUGCUCGCACACCGUCCAAGUAGAAAUCGACCGAGGCAAGAUUGAGGAACCGGCGCGGUGUCCUCGAGACGUCUGUGCCACCAUCGGGACCAUGUCGCUCGUCCACAACCGCUGUGAAUUCGCCGACAGACAGGUUAUCCGUCUUCAGGAGACUCCUGAUGCCGUGCCUGACGGGCAAACUCCCCAUACUGUGUCUCUCAGCGUAUACGAUGAGCUCGUUGACGUUUCCAAGCCCGGUGACAGACUCGUCGUCUCUGGUAUCUUCCGUAGCGUACCCGUUAGGGUCAACCCAAACCAGAGGACAAUGAAGAGUCUCUUCAAGACCUAUUUAGACGUUGUUCAUGUUAAGCUUGGCUCCGGGACAGGGCUCGGAUUCGACAAGUCGACGCGUCCGGCCGGAGGUGACCGCGUGCCGGGAGUUGGCGGGGUCGGAGACGGCGUUGAUGAUGAGGAAGAAGAACGAGGACGGGAUGGAAAACAAACGCGCAGAGCUGAAAUGGAGGAUAAAAUUCGACAGCUGAGCAUGAGACCAGACAUUUACGAUGUGCUCUCACAAUCUCUUGCGCCUUCGAUUUGUGAUAUGGACGACGUCAAGAAAGGUAUCUUGCUGCAACUCUUCGGAGGCACUAACAAAAGCAUUGCUCGUGGUGGAGGUGGAGGUGGCCCAAGAUAUCGGGGGGAUAUCAAUGUUCUAUUGGUCGGUGAUCCGGGUAUGAGUAAAUCACAGAUCUUACAGUAUGUGCAUAAGAUUGCUCCCCGUGGAGUAUACACCUCUGGAAAGAGCUCGUCUGCCGUCGGUUUGACGGCGUACGUUACUCGCGAUCCGGACUCCAAACAGCUUGUUUUGCAAAGUGGAGCACUUGUUCUGAGUGAUGGUGGUGUUUGUUGUAUCGAUGAGUUUGACAAGAUGGCCGAUGCCACACGCAGCGUUUUACACGAAGUUAUGGAACAACAAACUGUAUCAAUUGCCAAAGCGGGGAUCAUCACAACACUCAAUGCGCGAACCUCGAUCUUAGCUGCAGCGAACCCAGUCGGGUCCAAGUAUGACAUCGACCUCCCCAUCACGCGAAACAUUGAUUUACCUCCAACGCUAAUCUCUCGAUUCGACCUUUUGUACCUGGUCCUGGACCAAGUGGAUGAGGCUCUCGACCGGCGAUUGGCGCAACAUCUUGUUGGACUGUACCUAGAAGACACGCCGGCCUCAGGAAACACUGACAUUCUACCUAUAAACGAGCUCUCUGCGUACAUCGAGUAUGCGCGUAACAAAGUUUAUCCCAUGAUUACAGAAGACGCAGGGGCGGAGCUCGUUCGUUCCUACGUCGAGAUGCGUAACAUGGGGGACGACCCUCGCGCGAGUGAGAAGCGGAUUACGGCGACGACUCGACAGCUGGAGAGCAUGAUCCGGUUGUCGGAAGGACAUGCGCGUAUGCGAUUGUCUGAGUUUGUGGAGGUGGAAGAUGUCCGGGAGGCAUACCGUUUGAUGCGUGAGGCGAUCAGAACCAGUGCUAUGGAUCCCCGCACUGGCAAGAUUGAUAUGGGCAUGCUGAACACGGGUACUGGGCAAGGACAGAGGAAGCUGAGAGACGAUAUGCGAAAGGAGAUAUUGAAUAUUCUCAAUGGUGCUGGAGGCGGAAGGGGGGUCAAAUGGGCCGACACAAUAAAGGCCCUUGGUGGCCAGAGCAGCGUCAGGAUUGACCCCGCCGAGUUUUCUGAAGUCAUCAAAGGUCUGGAGAACGAAGGUCUCUUGAAGGUUGUUGGGGAAAGGGAUAAGCGUAUGAUUCGGAAGAUAGACGGUUGA